AAAAAUGAAUGAAUCCCACAUAACCCUGGGCUCCUUAUAAACCUUCGGUAUAGUUAACUUUUGAGGCUGAGUCAGACCCAAAAUCCAUUUCUUUGCCUUCUAUAUACCAUCGGAUGAUGAGAUCCUUCAUAUAGGCCUCCAAGGUCCCGGACGCCUAAUUUGACACAACCAAAACCAACCCAUAGUAGAGUAGUGGUAGACUUAUUUCAUAAGAAACACACCAUUGUUAUGGAAUUCUAGACAAGCACGUGCUUUUUGGCUUAGACAAAUCUCCUCUGAAUCUAAUUAAACGAAAGGUCAAAGUCUUGCCAUGACUAGCAACAUGACCUUAAUUGAUGUUGUGCAUCUUCUGUUAACAAAUUUGGUGCAACCAUGAAACUGCAACAUUAUUCUUUCCUCCUACUUUUUGUGAUCCUAACAUGUUUAUCUCUCAGUAUCCAUCAGUCUCUUGGAGUAGAUAUGAUCGCAGUAAAUCAAUCUAUUUCUGGAAGCCAAAGUGUUGUUUCUUCAGGCGAAAAUUUUGAAUUAGGAUUCUUCAAGCGAGGUAAUUCGAAAAAUUAUUACUAUCUUGGUAUAUGGUACAGGAAUGUAAAUCCAGAAACAAUAGUAUGGGUAGCAAACAGAGAGAAGCCACUAUCAGCUACUGAUAUGGAUUCUGUUGAGUUGAAAGUUUUGGAUGGCAAUUUAGUGCUUAUUACUGAAUCCAAAAACUCUUUUUGGUCCACAAAUAUCAUCAGCAACACAAUUAGCUCAAAUACUCUAGUGGCAAUUCUUUCUGAUGAUGGUAAUUUGAUCUUGAGUGAUGGAUCAAAUUCAACUCCACCGCUUUGGCAAAGCUUCGAUUACCCGACUGAUACAUGGUUGCCGAAUGCUAAGGUGAGGUAUGACAAGCGUACCAAUACAUCAAGAAUUCUUACUUCUUGGAAGAACUCAGAGGAUCCUUCUCCGGGGGUUUUUUCCGUGGAGAUGGAUCAGAGCAAUAAGCAGUUCUUGAUAAAAUGGAACGGGACUGAGAUGUACUCAGCUUCUGGAUCUUGGAAUGGACAUAUUUUCAACUUGAUGCCUGAGAUGAGUUUGAAUUCUGAUAGAUACAGCUUUACAUAUGUUGAUAAUGAAAAUGAGAGCUAUUUUACAUAUUCCCCCCGUAACUCUUCCAAAAUCAGAUUAACACUAGAUGUCUCUGGGCAAAUCAGGCAUAUGAUUUGGGCGGAAAAUUUAAAGGAAUGGCAAAUUUUUACGUCUCAACCAAGACAACCCUGCGAGGUGUAUGCUAGUUGUGGUGCCUUUAGCAUUUGCAAUAAGGAGUCCGCGACCUUCUGUAAUUGCUUGACCGGUUUCACACCUAGAUCCGAUACAGAAUGGGACUUGAAUGAUCAUUCUGGUGGUUGUUUAAGGAAGAAAAGCUUGCAGUGUGGUGAUGGUAAAAUGAACGGCAGGUUUUUGAUGAAUCCCAGAGUAACAUUGCCGGAAUAUUCUCUUACUGUGCCGGCUGCUAGUGCUGAGGAAUGCCGUUUUACUUGCUUGAGUAACUGUUCCUUAUGCAAUGCAUAUGCUUAUGAUAAUAAUGUGUGUUCAAUUUGGAAUGAACUUUUGAAUCUGAAGCAACUCUCACCAGAAGAUGGUAGUGGAAGUGUGAUUUAUACCAGACUUUCUUUCUCUGACGAAGCACAUGGUGAAGAUGCAAAAUCAGGGAAAUUUUCCCUGAAGCUUAAAGUUAUCAUAUCUGGCGUGGUAGCCAUUGCAGUUCUACUUCUAUGUAGCUUUAGCUACAUUUAUUAUAGGAGAAUGAUGGCGAAGAGAAUAGCAAGCAAACAAAGCACAGGAGGGAAUCCAGUGCCACAAUGGUUCAACAAAGAAAGAGAAGCACAAAACCUGAUUAACGAAAAUGAUAAGCAAAACAUCGCGGUUCCAUUCUUUUACUUGGAAAACAUAUUAGCAGCCACAGAUAAUUUCUCAGAUGUAAAUAAGCUUGGACAAGGAGGUUUUGGUCCUGUUUAUAAGGGUAUAUUUUCAGAUGGACAAGAAAUUGCUGUGAAAAGGCUAUCAAGCCAAUCUAGACAGGGCAUUGAAGAAUUCAGGAAUGAAGUCAUACUGAUCUCAAAACUUCAACAUAGAAAUCUAGUCAGACUUUUAGGCUACUCCAUCACAGGGUACGAACAGAUUCUACUUUACGAGUACAUGUCAAACAAAAGUCUAGACACCUUCAUAUUCGAUUCAACACUUAGCAAGUCAUUGAAAUGGAAAAGGCGAUUUGAGAUCAUAUUAGGAAUUUCUCGUGGGCUUCUCUAUCUUCAUGAAGACUCAAGGCUCAGAAUUAUUCAUAGAGAUCUGAAAACAAGUAACAUUCUUUUGGAUCAAGAAAUGAAACCAAAAAUAUCAGACUUUGGCUUGGCAAGGAUAGUUGAAGAAAAAACAACAGAAGCAAAUACCAAAAAAGUGGUUGGAACUUACGGAUAUAUGUCUCCUGAAUAUGCAUUGGAGGGGGUAUUCUCGAUUAAGUCAGACGUAUUCAGCUUAGGAGUAGUAAUACUGGAGAUAAUAACCGGAAGGAGAAACACGGGGUUUUAUCAAUCUAAAGAAGCUUCUAACCUUUUGGUCCAUGCGUGGAAUUACUGGAAAGAAAAAAGGGCACUACAUUUGCUGGAUCAUUCAUUGCUCGAAUCAUGCAACCCGAAAGAAGCAAUGAAGUGCAUAAAUGUUGGGCUCUUAUGUGUGCAAGAAGAUCCAGGCGAUCGUCCUACAAUGUCAAAUGUUAUGACGAUGCUUCGUAGUGAAAGUACGUCUCUUCCAAAACCAAAUCAACCAGCUUUUGUGUCAAGGAGAAAUGUUUCUAAUUCAUCUUCUGUUUCAUCUGGUAAACCACCUAGUUUCUCCAAAAUUGAGUUGACAAUCACAGUGGAAGAAGGCCGAUAGUGGGAUGAAUUCAUUAGUUUUUCAAAUGAAUUUACAUGAUAUUAUUUUUUCACCUUAGAUUAAAAAAUAAAAUCAAUGGAAUACAUGAUCUUUUUCUUUUACCCAUUUUUUUUUGUGGUUUAGGCAGUAGUAGACUAGUGUCACAGACUUAGACUUCAACUAAAACGUCUGUGCGGCACUUGCUAACUUACUCAUGACUCCCUCUUUCCGAUGAUCAAGUGGCGGAUCAUGACACUAGGAUCAGUACUGUUAAUAGUUAUAGUGAAAAGUAUAUGCUUAAUAUUGUGUAGAACAUAGAAUAUAUUGUGUUGAUAAAAAAAAGUUCAUCUUGGUCUCUUCUACCUUCUUUAA